UGCCCAAAUCAUCAAAAAAAAAAAAAAAAGGGCACACAAAGGGCUCUCUGUCUCUGGUCUGUGUCUGCUUUUUCUCUGGUUCUCAAAAUUCCUUCUCAAAUAAUUUUAAAAGGAAUUUGAUCGGUUAGAUUCAUUUUAAUGGACAAAAUUCCUCUCUUUUGCUCCCUCUCAUCGACAUUAGUAAGUUCACUGCUGCUGCCAUGGGCAUGGGCUUCAGGCUCAGUCUUCAGUGGGAUUUCCCCUUUCGUCACCAUAGCACUCCCUCCAGGCUCUCUUCUUGUCCUUCGCCCUCUUCCUCAACCUCUUGCAGUGGUAGAGGCAGGGAGACUUCUUUUGAACCUACGAGGUUAUCAUUCCUGUCAAAUAUUGUGGAGGAGGGCGACACUCUCCACAAGGAUGCGCUAAGAGCAUAUACUUGUUCAUCCGCAUCUCUCCCGACUCUAGAAUAUGAUACCACGGUAAGCAUCGGAAAGAGAUCGUGCAGUAGUCUAAGUAAUAGUGAUGGUGACUCGAAUAUCUAUUCUGGAGGAAACAAAUCUGCAUCUGCAAAGGGCUUACAACCAGUUUCGGCUUCUCACUUUUCAUUGUUAAUGGAGAAUCUCAAUGCAUUAGAAGCGACCAUUUCUGCUGCCGAUAUAUUGAAUCUGGAGAGAGAUAUUCUGCUGCAGUUAGGAAGGCUCGGAGCUCUAAAGUUAUUUCAGACAUGUCUCUCUAAGGCUCUUAGUGCCUCCAUGCCCGAACCUUUUGACUUGUCUUUUGCCAUGAUUGAACAAAAAGAGGAACAAAAAGGAAGAGAAGAAAUAGAAAAAAUUGCUGAAACAAUCAUUCGGUCGGGGAAAGGGGGACUAAGAAAAUCUAAACGAGAAGGAGACUCUAAAAAAGCCAACCAAAUGUUGAAGAGUUCAUUGCUUCCGUCUACUGAUGUUCAACCCGUGAAUUCUUCUGCAAGACAAACGUCGAACUCCAAGAGAAGAAAAUCAACGAUUGCCAAAAAUGAAGCUGAAAUGUCAAAAGGAGUCAAGGUGAUUGCACACUUGGAGAGGAUAAGGACAAUCUUAGAAGAGGAGACGGGGCAAGUGGUGAGCUUGGCCUGCUGGGCAGAAGCAGCUGGAGUUGAUGAGAAAGAUCUGCAGCGGUCUCUGCAUUUUGGGUGGUUUUGCAGGGACGAGAUUCUGAGGAGUACUCGCUCCUUAGUUCUGUUCCUUGCAAGGAACUAUAGGGGUCUUGGGAUUGCACUUGAAGAUCUAGUUCAGGCUGGAAAUAUGGGAGUCAUCAUUGGGGCAGAGAGGUUUGAUCACACGAGAGGCUGCAGAUUCUCAACUUAUGUCCAAUACUGGAUCAGGAAAUCAAUGUCAAGAAUGGUUUCUCGACACGCCAGAGGAAUAAGAGUUCCUUACACCUUGAGCAGUGCGAUAAAUCAAAUACAAAAGGCCCGGAAGAGCCUCAACUAUCACAAUGGGAAAUACCCAGAUGAUGAGGAGAUUGCGAAAUUCUCAGGUUUAUCUGUGGCAAAGAUUAAAUCAGCUAGCAAAUGCCUCAGAGUUGUUGGCUCAAUCAAUCAGAAAGUGGGAGAUUGUAUCAGUGCAAAGUACAUGGGAUGUCUUCCAAUAGCAGUGUUGGGAUCAUUAAUUGUUAUGCAGGAACUUGCACCUGACCUUGCAAUAAAGAGCCCGGAGAAAACUGUGAUGAGGCAACACCUGAGGAGUGAGAUCUACGAGCUCUUAAAUGGCUUGGACGUGAGAGAGAAGCAAGUCCUAAUGUUACGAUACGGGCUUAGAGACCAUCGACCCAGGUCUCUUGAAGAGAUUGGGAGGAUAUUCCGGGUCAGCAAGGAGUGGAUCAGAAAGAUCGAGAAGAAAGCCCUGAAGAAGCUCAGAGACUUGGAAACCUGUCAAAGUCUGAGCCAUUACUUGAAUCUCUAGUCCAAGCAAUGGAAGUUUCUUUUUGAGAUUCUCGGCAUAUCAGGCGAAGUGUUGCCGAGAAUUGAAUCAGAGAUCCGUGAAAAAGAAAAAAGGAAAAAAAAGAAAAAUGAAAUGAAUGCCAUGGAAUGCUUGAUUGUUGGAGCUCAUAAUCCCGAAAGAUGCAUGGAGUUGGGUUUUGAUUUGCCGAGCACAUGAAGUCCAACAUGGAGAAACCUUCUCUUUUGAGUUCCUUCAGUUAGAAGAAAAAGAUAUGAUUCAACUGGACUGGGUCGUGGACCCGGCAAAUCAGGUGACAACAGAGUUGAAGGUGUUCAUGCUAUUAUCUUUUCGUCUAUGAGUAGGUAAGAUUUUUAGAUUGAAAAACAUUACAUUAUACUUUACAUUAUAGUGUUAUAGAAUAAGUUCAACACAGCCAUAACAAUGGUUAGAGAAAACAAGAUCAGCCCCUAGCUUGCCUAGCCGAAACCUGUUCUGAUCCCUCUGACCAUCAGAUUUAGCUUCAGUCAUUGGCUUCCACGGACUAUGGCCAUCAAAUUUGGUUUCAGUCAUUGUCUUCCACGGCCUAAUCCUCCCGGCAGAGAAUAUCCUAUGUGACAAGCGACCCACUGAUGCAGAAUACAGCUAAUGGUGCUGCGCCUUUAAGGAUGGAUAGAAUUCGAUGAUGAUUUUUCCUCAACUUUUGGACAUAGGAUUGUCAGGCAGGCUGGGUGGAAAAUGAUUGUGUUUAUAGUAAUUUAAUCACGUAAUUAUACCAAAAAGGUGUCAUUAAUGUGUU